UCAACGAUAAACGACGACGGACGAAAACAAAAAAAAAUUGUAAACAAACCGAAAAUGUUUGACGUCUCCCGCAGAUAGGAUCUACAAAAUUGCCGUUAAUGCCGCAACAAAAAUAGAAUAGUGUGUGUGGUGGCCUUUUGUGAGCCUUUUUUGCCUGGCAUGUUGGUUGUUCGUACUCUGAUACUUUUGACGCGAUGAAAGCGUCCGACGAGGACGAAGAAGAGGUGGUCUUUCGAGGUGCUUCGGUGUAGACGGCGAACCGAGGUUGGUUGUACUAUAAGAGGUUUGUCGAUCGUUAAUUUUUGUCAUGUACCCGGGUUCAUUGCUUUGGGCCCUAUGGUUGCUGUUGGUCGGCGCUGUAGCAUCACAAAAAACGGCAGCUGCGGUGGCAGUAACGUCUACGGAUGUUGCAGCGUGUCCAGAACGAUGCGUCUGUCCCAAAAAAAGGAUUAGCGACAAGUUCAACAAAGUGAAAUGUGGUGGGCUUGACAAGCCCGUCAUGUAUCUCAGCGAGAUACCCCUGGUUCAGCUGUCUAAUUUUACCGGAGUAACAUUCUUAGAUCUGUCCAGCAACGUUAUUGCUGCUCUGCCCACAAAUGCCAUACCUAUUCUGACUUUACAAAGGCUAGAUCUGACCAAAAACCUAAUCUCUAUUAUUCACGAUGGUGCGUUUCGUGGCACACCAAAUCUUAAAAUAUUAACACUGACUGACAACAAACUCAGAAAUAUAUCUCAAGGCAUGUUUGAAGGACUCUUUUCAUUGGAACAAUUGAAAAUAAACAAAAACAUUAUUGCUCAAAUACCAGGCAAUACGUUUACAUUUUUGAAUCAUCUCACUAGACUAGAUAUAUCAGACAACCCAUUAGUUUGUGAUUGUGAAAUUUCUGGAUUUCUUGAGUGGGUAGAUAAAAGAAAAGUUAAAUUAGGACCGAAAUCUGAAUGUCAUGAACCAACUUCAUUGAAAGACACACCUAUUAAAAAUCUACAUCUUGAUAUGUUGAACUGUGUACGCCCAAAAUCAAAUACACCUCCAGCCAUCGAAAUUUUACCUUAUACAAAUCUCGUUCUCUUUGAAGGAGAUUCAAUAGAAUUAUUAUGUCGUGCUGUUGGCACAGAUGCUCUAGAAGGUAUUAUUUUGACUUGGAACAUAAAUGCAUUGAAUACUAAUGCUUCAAUAAUUGUUACUGACGGAGAUUUUGAAAACACUGGCUUAAUCCAAAGUAAUUUGUCAAUAGCAAAACUUAAUUCGAAUCAUAGUGGAAAAUAUGAAUGUAAAUUGAACUCUUCUAGUGGAACUCGAAUUCAAUCAAUUUCACUGACUGUUAUUUCAAAUAAGACUAAAUUCUGUGGAGUUGACGAAAGUAAAGAUAAUAAAGGAAUAUAUGCUUGGACUCGUACCAUCUCAGAUGUAACACCUGUUAAACAAUGUCAAGCAAAUGAAGAAGUUGAACCUUUAGCUAAAGGCACAGUCAGUAGGCAUUGUAAUUUGAAUGGUGUAUGGGAAACGCCUGAUACUCUAGACUGUCCUUACACAAGUCCGACCACUCGUAUUUUUUACACAUUAUCCAAGACAAAUGUUACUCAUAAAGAUAACUCAGAAACAGCUAGGAAGUUAUUUAACUACACUAGAGAUCAUUUUAAUGAAAUUAAAGAUAAUCUUGAUAUUAGUUUUAUUGCAGACAUAGUUGAUGACUAUUUGGAUGUAAUACGCAAUGAAAAAUCGUUAGCUCCAAUCGUUGUAGAUUUGAUAAGUUUAAUGGCUGAACUACCUAGAGAAUUACUAUUAGCUGCUCAAAAGAAUGAUAAAUCCACCUCCAGACUUGUGAAUGCUUUGGAAACUUCAUUAGAAUUUACUUCAACAUUAAAUUCUCGAUGGACAUCAGCUAUAGCAAUGGAAGAAUUCAUUAUUUCAAAAGAAAAUUUCAAUGGUUUAAUAUGUAUUUGGGGUCGAGAUCAAGAUUCUCCAACUACAAUGAAUUCAUUGAUGUGUCAUGUUUAUAACAAUGAUAGUCUUUAUCAAAACAAAAUUAUUGAAGCGUCAAUUAAAGUACCAAGUUCAUUAUUCAUGAGUGACUCAAAGAAAGAUUUGCUUAGUAACGAAUUAAAAUUAGUAUUCAUAGUGUAUGAAGAUGGUAAAAUGUUUCCUGAACCAAUGAUAACAGCUGAAGACAAUGUCACAUUACUGCCUACGGAAAUAAAAUCUUGCAUUUUAGUAACAAAAUUAGUUGGCGUUGAAAUGGAAAUUGUACCAGAACCACUUAUCUUAACAUUGCGUCAACCUGAAAAUUAUGAUCAUUAUUUGACUAUGAGACCUAGCCCAUCGUGGUGGAAUCCUUUAUCGGGAUUAUGGGAUAUUAAUCCAAACACCAGUUGUCAGCUAGCACGCAUUACGGGCGGCAUGUUGGAGUACACGUGUAAUAGAUUUGGUUAUUUUGCAUUGACCAUGAGUCCAACGUUGGUGCAUAAUAUUUUUCCACCAACUAAUAUUACUGUUGCAAAAAAAACAAAAUUGUUUGCACAUACAUCAAUUUACAUUGGGACUUUUGUUGGAAGUACGUUUCUUUUAUUUUCAGUCACUCUUUUUGUGGUACUCAAUAGCAACAUACAAAUGGCUAAAAAAUUGAAGCACUCCCUUCCCAAUACUUGGUUUGCAAUGUCAAUGUUCUAUUUAAUCUAUUGUAAUGGUAUUCAUCGGACUGAAAACCCUAGAACUUGCCAAAUAAUAGGAUUGUUGAUUCAAUUUUUUGGUCUAGCUCCAUUGUUUUGGAUGACAGUGACUAUUAAAGUAUUGUGUAAACGUGUACAUAAGCCAUUCCUCCCAGCUGGCACUCCAUCUGAUGAUGGCGGUGGUAUGAACAUUCCACACGAAGAUGUUGUGGUAAAAAAGCCACUAUUGGGUAUAUAUAUGGUUGGCUGGGGCAUACCAAUGUUAUUGUGUGGAAUGUCAAGUGCUGUUAAUUUGCCUGGUUAUGGAGGACACGAAGGAGAUUAUUGCUUCUUAAAACCGGGUCCUGCCUUUGGUUUUAUUCUUAGUGUGGCUUUAGUGGUUGUUAUCAGUAUUUUCUUCCUCAGUUUAAUUGUUUCCUGUGUUGCCAACGAUCUUGACUCUAACGUACAGCUUUCAGAAGGUACUCAAGCCACUGAUCUAGAACUAUUGGAUCAGACAAAUAGCAUGGUGGAACACAAUAGUUGUCGCAGCCUCACAACUCCAUCAAGCAAAGUAGAAGAUCCCGAACAGUCUCCUGUUGUUCAACUGAGAUUUUUCAAUGGAACCCUAUUGGGAUACUUGUUGUCUGUUGCAAUGACUUAUUUUAAUGUUGCAAUUAUGCACAGUCCAACCAUACAACUAUGGUUGGGUGUUUGGUUUGCUUGUUUCAAUAUAUUUCAAAACUUUUUGAUAAUGUGGUUCUACAUAUUUGUACGAAAUGAUGUUCAGAACGCAUUUGUAGAACUUAAAGAACAUCGCUGGGGAAGAAAAAAAGUUGUAGAUUCAGUCCGCGCUCCAUCAAUUAGAACUGAUAGUUUUCAAUCUGUGAGGCCAAAGUCCAAUAGUGAAGUUGUGUCACUGCAAUCAUUUAGAUCACCUCAAUUACAACUUGUUAUGAUGCGACAUCAAUUAAAUGCUGAACGUCAAAUUGAUUAUUACAAUCCACAUCAAAUAACUGUAGCCAAGCGAUUUUUCAAAAAACAAAGGAGGAAACAAAAUAAUUUACCUCGACGUCCACCAUUGACUUCACCAGAACUAACAGACAAUGGUGCUUACUACUGUCAAAAUGGUAAAACCAAUAAUCUACGGCUGGAACUAAAACAAAAUGGUGUAUUCUCAGACAGUGCCAUUACUGAUCAUGAGUAUGUUGAGGUAGAUGGCCGUACACAAUACCAACAUAAGUAUAUGCAACCAAGAGACUACUCUACCGAAGAAUUUGUAACCAGCCAAAUGAGUGGUGCUAGUUGUGAAGGUAUUUCAGACAGUGUCACCGAUUGUGGAAGGAACAUAAGUGAAAAAGAAACUUGCAGUAGUCCUCAUGUGAUAGUGUCUGACUGUUCUAGUGCAAAUCCAUUGAAUCACACAUAUGAAACAAUCACCCCCAAAAAAGAGAGAUGGACGGAUGCCAACAAAAGAAAAAAAGACAUGAGAAAAUCGCAUAAGGCAUCUGGUUAUACUCUUGCCAGAACUAAUAAAUCUGAUAGUGACGAAAAUGACGAGACUUGUGUUUAGAAAAAUCUCCAAUUAUAAUUAACCUUUUGUAUCUUUUCCUAGUUGAAGUAUUAAACAUUUAUUUAUUAGUUUUAAGGGUUCUAAAUAGUUAUAAUGUAUUUGUAUAUUUAAUAUUUAUUUAUUACUGACACUAAUAGUGUUUUUAUCCAAGUACUUCCUAUGUACUCUUAGGUCUUAGCCAUUAUGUAUUUCUGUUGUAUAACUAAUUAAAGCAUAUUCUUGUGUUUAAUUUAAAACUAAUCUCAAUUGAAGAAUGAUUGAUACAAUUAGUGCAGCUUAAUUAAUAAAAUAUUCCCACCGUCAAAUAAAUUAAAAAUUUUAUGGUUUUGUUUAUUUAUAUUAAUAGUUGAAACUUAAGUUUAACACUAACAUAUUUUAUUUCAUGCUAGUAUUUGUAGUUUAAUUCUUUAUUGUUAGUUAUUAUAAUUAUAAAAUGUUUGGUAGGUCUUAUGUUUAUUUGAGUUGUAAUUAGUUUUAGUUUUGUACCUAGUUUUUACAGGUAAUCCAGCUGUACUACUGCCAUUUUUGUUUGUUGUUUUUUUCUUAAGUUUAUAUGAUACAUAACAAUAAUUAUUUGUACAGUAUUAAAUUAAUAACAAUUAAUGACUAUUAUUUUUAAUUGUAGUCUUUACAUACACAUUAUUAAUUAGGUAUAGUUUGUUAAGUCAUAACUCACAGCAUCAUUCUGUAGUUUUGUUGUGAAUUCCACUUAGAAAUAGUUUGUACUUAAUUUUUUUAUAGAAAUUACUAUAAUUAACUCAUUUGUGUGUAUACGAUAAUAUGAUUUAAGUGUUUUAUUAACUGAAAUCAGUGAUUCUUAUGAUCUUGUAAAUUAUUUAUAAAUAAUUAUUUUAAGAAAAUUGAACUGGUCAACUUUGAAAAUGUUAUAAUUUUCUAAAUAUCAUAAUAUGUAUUGGGUAUGUUACAUAAAUAUUUUUAAAAUUCUGUAUAUUAUUUUGAUUUAUAUAGUAUUAGUUGCAGCUCAAUUAAACCGAAGUAUAAGUAUUACAAUUUAAACGAAACUUGAUCAGUAUUCCAUGUUUCUAUGUUUGUGUAUACCAAUAUUAAAUUGUGCUUAAUAAGUAAUAACUGAUAUGAACUUUUCAUUUUAGAUUAACUUUGAAAUGUAUUCUACUUAUUACAUACUAUGUACUAUUAUUUUUUCUACUUUUUUAUUUUAUGUAUGCAUUAAAUAUAUAUUAAAAAUAAGUUAUUGUA